AUGCCGUCCCUCCUGCUCCUCGGGACCCUCCUGCUCCUGGCCUCGACCGCCCGCCAGGCCGGGGCGCGCCCGUCCAACGCCACAAGCGCCGAGCCCCCGGGCCCGCUGCCCGCCCUGCUGGCGCACCUGCGGCGCCUGACCGGGGCGCUGACCGGCGGCGGCGGCACUGCGGGCCCGGGCGCCAACGGCACCAGGACCAGCCCCGCGAGCGGGACAGGCGCGGCGGCGCGGGCGCCCCCUCCCGCCGAGCUCUGCCAUGGCUACUACGACGUUAUGGGCCAGUACGACGCCACCUUCAACUGCAGCACGGGCUCCUACCGCUUCUGCUGCGGCACCUGCCACUACCGCUUCUGCUGCGAGCAUCGCCACAUGCGCCUGGCGCAGGCCUCCUGCUCCAACUACGACACGCCGCGCUGGGCCACCACGCCGCCGCCGCUGGCCGGGGGCGUCGGGGGUGCUGGGGGUGUGGGCGGGGGGCCUGGGCCCGGCCAGGCGGGGUGGCUGGAAGGGGGCCGGGCGGGGGGUGCAGGGGGGCGCGGGGGCGAGGGCCCCGGGGGCAGCACGGCCUACGUGGUGUGCGGGGUCAUCAGCUUCGCCCUGGCGGUGGGCGUCGGCGCCAAAGUGGCCUUCAGCAAGGCGUCCCGUGCGCCCAGGGCGCAUCGGGAGAUCAACGUGCCCAGGGCUCUGGUGGACAUUCUGAGGCAUCAGGCGGGGCCUGGGACCCGCCCGGACCGGGCACGAAGCAGCUCCUUGACCCCGGGGGUCGGGGGCCCCGACAGCAUUCCCCCGAGGACGCCCAAGAACCUCUACAACACCGUGAAGCCCUCCAAUCUCGAUAAUCUGCACCACAACUACCUGCACCUCAACGUCAACAGCCCCAAGCACCAUGCCACCACGAUGGAUUGGCGCGCCAUUCCACCACCCAGCCCCUCCUUGCACUACUCCACGCUCUCCUGCUCACGGUCCUUCCACAACCUCUCGCAUCUGCCCCCGUCUUACGAGGCUGCUGUAAAAUCUGAACUCAACCGCUACUCCUCCCUCAAGAGACUGGCUGAGAAGGAUCUGGACGAGGCCUACCUGAAGCGCAGGCACCUGGCGGAGAUGCCCCGCGGGACGCUGCCCCUGCAUACCCUUCGGCGACCCGGCACGGGGGGCGGCUACCGCAUGGAUGCCUGGGGCGGCCCGGAGGAGCUGGGCCUGGCGCCCGCGCCCAACCCGCGGCGGGUCAUGUCCCAGGAGCACCUGCUGGGCGACGGAGGCCGGUCGCGCUACGAAUUCACCCUGCCGCGCGCGCGCCUUGUGUCGCAAGAGCACCUGCUCCUGUCAUCGCCCGAGGCCCUGCGCCAGAGCCGGGAGCACCUGCUGUCGCCCCCGCGCAGCCCCGCGCUGCCCCCGGAGCCUGCCGCCCGCGCGGGCCUGGCCGCGUCCCAUUCCAACUUGCUGCUAGGACCCGGGGGGCCCCCCACGCCGCUGCACGGGCUGCCCCCGCCGCCCGGCCUGCACGCGCACCACCACCACGGCCUGCACGGCUCCCCGCAGCCUGCCUGGAUGUCGGACGCCGGCGGGGGAGGGGGCACGCUGGCGCGCAGGCCACCCUUCCAGCGCCAGGGCACGCUGGAGCAACUGCAGUUCAUCCCUGGCCAUCACCUGCCCCAACACCUGCGCACCGCCAGCAAGAAUGAGGUGACGGUCUGA